AUGAAACAAAUGUCGGUUGUUCAUGAAUGUUGUGUUUCUAUCUCGUUCAUUCAUACACCAUCAACCUUAUCGUUCUAUCUCAUUCAAUUCCAUAGAAUUUAUUAUCACUUGUUUGCCAUCUGGCGCAGGCCCUGUUUUCAGAACGAAAACACGAACACGAAUGAAAUAAUGGAGAAAAAAAACUUUUCUUUUAAUGCCAUAUCAAAACGAUCAUUAAAUGGAAAGGGACGUUGUAUAGAGAUCGGUCGUGUAUUUGUGUGUAGGUGA